AUGGAGGCCGUAAUCUUGCAGGAUUCCGAGAACUUGGCCUUUGAGCCGCUCGCGAGUUACAUGAACCUCGGCGACCUGCGCAUCGGAGACACCCUAAUCUUCCACGAAACCGUGCAGAACCUCUGGUAUAGCGGAGUAACCGCGGCUUACCUGCUGGUCGACGUCAACAAGGCCCCCAAGUACGAAAAGUACAACAAAAGGUUCAAUUUCGGGAAGAAGGAUGGCUACAUUGACGUGGAAGUGGUAGGAAUAAACGUCGACAAGAUGGAAGUAGGCCCGGCGCUCAGGGAAUUUGUCUCGUUAAAGGGUUCGAGGGAGAGCUUUGUACUGCUAUACGCCAACACACUCCUCACCGUCUCGCUCUCCGAGGCCAUCGAGCUCCAUUACACUCGCGCAAAGACGCACUCCAAGUACUGUAUGUCCGUGCUCUUUGUCAAGGACGACGAGAGUAGAAGCUUGUCCACGACGUCGAAUACGUCAACCAUUUUGCUCGACGGGAAUGACGAAUUGAUGGCGUAUGGGCACAAUUCCGAUACUUUUGAGUUGGAUGACUCGUACAUGAGUCAGUUCAAGAAUGCAGAGUCCAUUAGGGUCAUGUAUAACCUGUGCCACGGCGAUGUGUAUAUAUGCACGUCCUCGGUAAUCGACCACUUUCUGGAGCUUUUUGACCACGACACAAUGCACCAAUUCAUAAACGGCUCCCUCACCGAUGAUAUAAAGACGACAGAAAUUUAUGCGACGAUUGUCCCAAACGAUAUAUCAUUUCCAACUUAUCCCUCUGUCAUUAAAAUCGCAACACCAAGGAUAUACUAUAAUGUCUACAUGCAGUACAUUCGCAGGUUUGACAAAUCUUCUGAGGCCAAGGCCAAGGACGCUUAUUCAUCGGAAAAUGGACCGCUCAUACGUAGCGACUCGUUGUUUGUAAAUGGAGGCGCAGUUUCAAGUGAUCAGGACGAACCACAUUCUAUAGCAUCUGCCACCGUCUCUAGUAUUGUCGGAAAAAACACAAAGAUUGGCAACGGUUCCAGGGUCCUCAAUAGCAUAAUAUUUGGAGAUGCUGUAAUUGGUGACAAUUGCACAAUACAGGACGCAUUGAUCAUGAAUGAUGUCAAGAUACUGGAUGGUUCCACAGUUGCAUCCGGGUCCAUUGUCGGUUCCCACUGCACUGUGAACUCCAAGGGUGAUACAGUUUUAAAGUCUGCAAACUCGCAAAAUAAAUUUGUGGAUCUUACCGAUUCAACCUACGAUGAUAGACACGUACAUGGGUAUGUGUCUCAGGGGCACUUUUGGAAUGUCGAUGGCUUUUACACUGAUCCUGGGCUGGAUUCAAUGGGAAGCGACUACUACAAACAUGUUGCAUUCAAGUUACCACAAACAGCCGCAGGCGAUGCAGAUACAUGCUAUACGGACUCUGGCUCAGAAUCGUUUGAGAGUGAGGAAUUGGACAAAGUGGAUGAGCUGCCUAGUGAGGACUUUAUGUUUGAACUAGACAGUAUGAUCAGAGAUGCCCUAGAAUCUCCAAAACAUUUAGAGAAUAAACUCUUGGAAAUACGCAGCCUAAGGAUAGCCCAUCACGUUACAGAAGAUGACGUGGUAAAAUUCAUUUACUCGUUUGGAAUACGUUGGAUCGUUGAAAAGAACAACUUUGAAGAUCUCAACAGCAUAAUUGAAGACUCGCUCUUUGCAGAACUCUUGCAUUCGUUUUCUUCAACUCUUCCAAAUGAUGCAUUUUUUCAAGAGGCGUUUAGGGUCUUUAGCCAAUUUGACGAUAAUAUGCUCAACUUUUGCUCUCUGUGUGAGGCGUUGUACCAUACAGAUGCUGUGGAUUUUACUGGAUUCCAUGAUUGGGUACAAGAAAAGGGAAUAAACGAACCGAGAAUUGUCGCUUUUGCCGAGUGGGUUGAAUCGGAUUAG